AUGUGGUGCGUCGUAGAGGGGGACGAUGAUGACACGUACAAACAAGAUGGAGAAGGAGAAGACGUACGCAGCGCCCCGGCCGCUACAUCGCCGCCAUACAAUCCACUCACAAGCCCGGAAAUCCUGCUUCGGCUGAAGAAGGAAUUCGGCGGGCUCAUUGCGCCCGACACGAGAAAAGGCAUUACAGCCUUCGACCAGUCGCUGCUCGCUGGCCUCUUCGCUUGCAACCUCCAGCUCGACCUUGCAUCGACAUCGACUAAGCCCCCGCCGGGCUUCGUCCUCUACACCCGUAAGACGGUCAGCGCCCUGCUCCGCGCAAACGCGCUCCACUCCCACCCCGACAUCAACCUCGACUCGCAGUCCGACAAGCUCGACAUCGUCCUCGUCGACACCAGCCUCGGCUCGAAGCGCGCCGUUGUCAGCCGCUACAAUUAUCUCGAGACCUACCUCGUCGACGCCAACGCUACCUGCACCACCACCAUCUACCCAGCCAGGGAUGAGGCCUACGCCGAAGGCAACAAGCUUGACGAAAUCCGCGCCCUUGACCGCGUCUCCCAGGCCCAGCACACGUGGCGGCCCAAGACGUGCUUCAGCGCAGGACCGUGCACGCUCGCAGACGUCGCCCGUGACUUCAAGAAGCGCUCGUGGAGCAGCUCCUCGGGCCACGCGACCAUCGACGACAGCAAAGCCGUCAGACUCACCUGCACCACCACCGCCACCUUGAGAAAGCCGCCACCACGGAAGAGGCAGUGCGUCCGCCGCGCGACGCCCUCCAGCGAUCCCAACGGCCACUGGUUCCUCCAAAAGUACGUCGAAACCCUCGCGGGGGUUGAGUUCCGCGUCUACGUCAUUGCCGAGCCGCAUCCUACCGACACGCGCGGCCUGCGCGGCUGCAUUGCCCGUAUCUGGUGCACAGAACCCAUCCCAGACUCGCACGGUACCUUGACCGCCACCGAGGCCAUCGGCCGCUCGUACCAGAACCACGGGCUCCCCGAGCAUGCCGUCAAGUCCUUCGCCCUGUCCGUCCACGAGGCCUUGCGCGCCGGGGACCGCUGGGCGGCGCAGUUUCGCUCGCUCAGCGUCGGGUGCCGCCCCAAUGUCUCCCUUUAA